UCUUUAAGAUUACCCAGACUGGUUUCUACGGCAUCGCAUUGAGACAAGUGAAAUUCACGGCUAAAGUAAUGGUUUUAGAAAGCACCUGUUCGCUAUGAAUAAGAAGCAGUUAUCGCUCAUCAUUGGCUAAACGUUCUCAUCGUCAAGSGAUUUUAUUGUAGCAAUUUAACAUACUGUACGGUUUGCACCAUCAUCAAACCUAGAUAGAUUUACAGUAGAGUCUUAAAAAACAACUAUGACUGCCUUGGCUCAAGCAGUCCUUGAAAGAAGAUGGCGUCAAGCUAGGUUGCUGAUAGACAUUGGAUGCAACGUGAAUGGAAAAGGGKAYCAUGGAAGAACUCCAUUGAUUGAGAUGUGUUUCGUUGACGACCAAAASAGAGCAGCUGCUCUUACGAGAGUUCUUCUUGAGAAAGGSGCWRAUAUUGGUGCUCGAGACAAUGAUGGUCGAACAGCUCUUUCUAAUGCMUGUCUUCUCCACAGAACUAAGCUCUUUCCUCUAUUAAUUGAAUUUGUCGAUUUUGACUUGAAUUCRRCUGAUAAUGACGGCAACACUGCUUUAUUUCACGCCAUCACAGCCGGUGACGUGUGGGUAGUCAAAGAAUUACUGKCCAAAAUGUUACACUUUGGAUUAAAAGUUGAUUUACUGAAUGCAAAAGGUGAAACGCCUUUGAUUUAUGCAUUGAAGUCCAAGAAGCUUGACAUCGCYGAAGUUCUUAUCAACGAUGGGAAGGCUUCACUAGAAGCGCGCGAUUUAGAGUUUCAAAAAAGUGCUUUCCAGUGGAAAGAAGAAGUCAUGGGAGUCAACGUUGACACAAACGUUCUUCCGUUGUUGAUUCUUAAAUCCUCAUCAGGGAAGAGGAAAGCUAACUUGGAAAACAAAAACAUCAAAGUCAAAACAAGCAGUGCGARACCACUUCAACGAAGCAAUGUUAGCUUACCAAGACUAUUACCAAGACCUUCCACUGCCCCAGAUAGGAUAGUUGUACCCGAAUGUCUGCGACCAUGCGUUCCUAUAAAAACGAAUCUUGCCAAACUGUACAUGUUAUACAAUCAACAGACAACAGAUUCAUUUCGUUAUGGUUAUAAACCAGUGAAAUAUAAAGGCCUCGAAGAUCAGUGYAAAUCUGGAGUGUCAUUUAAUCAAGUGAAUGAGCUUACUAUGAAACUUCAAGGAUUAUACAAGGAUUCGGUUAAAAGAAAAAGGCUGGACUCCGGAAGUACUAAAGGUCUGUGCAGAGAAGGUUCCGGCGAGAGACCCUCUUCUCGAUCUUUGKCCAAAGGGGCAAAAGCGCUAAAAGGUUUAACGAAGUCUGUACAACGAUUUGAAUUAUCAUCGAACAAAAACAAAGAAGAUAAAGAUGCGUUAUAAARAGAUAAUGUAUCAAAACUCGAGAAAAAAUAUCAUGACAUGCUUUGAAUUAAAGRCCCAGUUUGCACCAUUAUGCUUUGCGCGUCUCUGUUAUUGUCAUGAUUUACACCACAAUACUUCUAGCAUCCAGUAUCACCAUAAAAAGAAUUUCAGAUGGUUAAAAACUCUAGCGUUUAAAAGURCUUAAAGUGAGAUGGUCAAAGAUUCGAAACACACAGUAAUAGACUUUCGUUAAACUGAAAAUGGCCGCCCACCGGUCUUCACGGCCCCCAAAAUGAUAAUUGUGCACACUGGGCCUUUAAUUUAGGCUGAAAAUCUGAAGUUAAGGUGCUCGUAAGACCUCACACGAUUUCAAGCAAAAGAAAAGGACGCAUUUGAUAAAAAAAAAAACAUAAAGAAAGAAACGAUUCCAUCAUUAGCCAACCUAAUCACCUUCCCUGGAACCGCUCUUGGACUAUAAGCAGCUUUGAGUUAGUUGUUGAGUURGGUGUAGUAAGUGCUGGGCGUGGUUUAUUGUACAGGGGCUGUGUAUAUCAAUAAAGUAAAAUAUUGUUUGUACGAAGGGUUGAUACUAAGGAUGAAGCUAUCGGCUCCUAAAAUUACGAAACAAAAUUGCACCAAAUGCUUAUUAAAAGGAGGUUGU